GAAUGGCUAAUCGUACAUCUCGUGAUGCUCAUACAGUUAAAGGAACAAAUCCUCAAUAUUUAAUUGAAAAGAUUAUAAGAACUCGUAUUUAUGAUUCUAUUUAUUGGAAGGAACAAUGUUUUGGACUUUCAGCCGAAACAAUAAUCGAUAAAGGGAUGGAACUUCGCUUUAUUGGCGGCAUUUAUGGAGGCAAUAUUAAACCAUCACCUUUUCUUUGUUUAACACUCAAAUUGUUACAAUUACAACCUGAAAAGGAUAUUGUUAUUGAAUUUAUUAGACAGGACGAUUUUAAAUAUAUUCGAGCUUUGGGAGCAAUGUAUAUUCGUCUAACUUUUAAUUCUGUGGAAGUCUAUAAAUAUUUGGAACCACUUUACAAUGAUUACAGAAAAUUGAGAUAUAUGAAUAGAAUGGGAAAAUUUGAACUUCUCUAUAUGGACGAUUUUAUUGAUAAUUUAAUGAGAGAAGAUCAUUAUUGCGAUAUUCAACUACCUCGUUUACAGAAAAGACAAGCAUUGGAAGAAACAGAUCAAUUAGAAGUUUAUCAAUCUGCUUUGGAUGAAGAUUUAGAAAGACUUUCAUCUUCUGAGGAUUCUGAAGACGAGCGUGACCGUCGUAGAAGAUCCAGGCCUAGCAUUGUCUCGCGUCGUCGAAGCCGUACUCGUAGUCGAUCUAGAGAACACAACAGCAGUAGAAGUUAUGCAAAUCAAGAAAGGGAAAUUGAAGAAAGUAAUGCAAUGAGGAAAAAGUUGGGAUUGGCUCCGUUAGAGCGUUAA